GCGAGUAAUUUGGCAAACUGACCACAGCCACACCGUCAGAGUACAGACGGCGAAUUUUAAACGAAAUUUCGCCUUAAAUCGUGUAUUUCAUCGUGUUUUGAUGCCGAAAUACUUGUCAGAAGGUACCAUCCAUGGACUUCCAUCUCUGAUGUUCGUGUUUGAGAGCUGAUAAUGAUGAAGAUGAAGCUGCGAGCGGCGGGAGGCGAAAAUCGGCGAUGCGACUUGAAUUCCGUUAACGGAUCCGAUCGGGAGAGCGGCACCGGAGCGGCUCAGCUCGACAAGGAGACGGUGUUCGAGUGGUUCGGCUUACAGCUGAACCCGUCCGGACGCGUGGAGCUGCUUUGCGGGCUGCUGCAUAUGUGUCAGCCGCUGGAGCUACGCUUCCUCGGCGCCUGUCUGGAGGAUUUGGCCCGGAGAGAUUUCACCGUCCUGCGGGAUUAUGAGAUCCGGGCCAACUGCCCCGCUGAUCUGGAGGGGCUGGUGAACGUAAGCGACCCAGUUGUGCUGUCCAAACUGCUCGUUUAUUUGUCUUUGCUCGGAUCCAAGAGCAGUGAAUGCGCCGGGAUUCUCUUCAGGACGUUGAGUCGAAUGGACGCCGGGAUGUGUGGCGCUCUACCGGAGCAGGAGACCGUGGAUCAACUGCGGCUGCUCUUCACGAUGGGAUCAUUACACCCGGCGUUCAGUUUCUAUCAGCGGGAAGAGCUCCGAGCGCAGUUGGAUCGACUCCAAAGAUGGAGCCAGUUUUCCAGGCCAGGGUUCCUCCAUCCACACCAGGAGAAUGACGUAGACUGGACUCUUUGCAGCAAUCCCAAUCCACACCUCAGCGGCACGUCACAGAGGGAAGUGGUGCACAUUGAGAAGAUCAUUCUGAAGGAGGUUUCUAUGGGAGGAGACGGCAGGCAGUACAGUUUUGAGGUGAAAUGGUCAGACUCUUCAUCUACUGCUGUCACCAAAAGUCAUCGUGAGUUGGUGGAUUUUCUAUUAAAGCUUCCUAACGAGCAGAGCCCUGAUGGCUUUGAGAAGGGCAUCCUCAGAUUACUCAGUCGUGAAGAUCAAUGUGAAUCCAGAGAACUGGAGAGAAACCUCAGGGAGAAGUUCCUGUCUUUAUCCCAGGAUGUCCUUCAGAGAUGUGACAUUACCAGGUUCUUCCUGUCUGAUGCGUCUGUACUGCCAUGCAGCCACUGUACCAGUGUGCCCGGAGCCAGAAUCCAUCAGCAUGGACGCGGUUUCUCUGAGGACUGCUCGGAGACGUCCAGCCUGGAGGAGGAUGUGGAGGCGUACAGCAUCAGAGCUGCUGGGCUGAGUAGUCAGCGUUCUGAAUGCCAGAGGAGAGGAAACUGUGAGCAGAACGGAGAGAGAGUUUGGAAGAAAGAAACUGAAUUGGAACAGAGCUGCACAAAUGACAGAAGAACUUCCAUGGCUGGACAGAAGAACAAAGCAAAAUCAGCUGCAAAAAGGGAGAGAGGCAGGCGAGUUAUAGGUGUCAAGACUUCUAAUGGAAUCCAGAAACCUUCUGCAGCACUAAUAAUCAACCAGGGAGCUUGCAAAGACACAGGAAGGGACCGGUAUGGGGACACGUCAUCGGAGAGCUCGAACUCCGUGCCAUCCAGCCCUGUUCACCAGAAGAGCCUGGAGGACCAAGAAACAGAGAGUCAGUCUGAUAACUCAGCCCAGGAACCAGCUGAAAAGACUCACCUAGUCAAAGGCGUUGGCGGGAAAGCAGUUGCCAUGGUGAAUCCAUUAGUUGCAGAGCCCAAGAAUGUUCAGGAGCCGACUUCAGUGGUGGAGCUGGCACUGACCGCAUGCCUCCCUUACACCCUUCAGUACAACACCAGCACCCAGAGGGACGCCGGGCAGGGUAAGAUAACCAUCACCAUCCCACUGGGCCAAGACCCGGGAGCAUCAUCGGCCAGCUCUCACCCACAGCAGCAGCCACCGCUGGGAGCGUUUAGUGUCCUCUCACCCAGCCAGUGUCCUCUGCAGCCCGCCAACACCACCACAGCCAACAAUCCUGUCAAGACAAACAUGAAGGCCUCUGUUACGCCUUCCAACUCGAGUUCCUGCAGCAGCCAAGUACCGGAACCUUGCCCCACAACUGUACCCACACACACCCCAGGACCGGGGCCCCAACCGGCCCCCUCGGUCACACACAGCACCGCUCAGAGCGAUUCCUUGUCCUACAUCAACAGCUCCAGCCUGCCAGUUACGCCACAGGCCAGUGGGAUGCAGCAGCAGGGGGGCUGCAACUCCUGCGGCUGCCGUGGAACCUGCGGGGGCAACAGCGCCCACCAGACACCCAGCUACUUCCUGCCGCCCCAACCUGCCCAUCAGAUGUUCGGGCCACCACCCCAAUUCUUCCAUCUCCCUCCGUCUCUAUGCAACAGUUUCCCUGCCCAGGGUCACCAGAAUAGCGGGACGCCUCUGCCCUUCUACGCCCACACUGGUCCUCCUGCGGCGUUCCUGCACGCUCACUCGGAUCACAUGCUGGCGUCACAGGCGGGAUACAGCCUGCCUCAGAUGCCCCCCUUCCGUCGCUUUUACCCACCUGUUUUUCCACAGGUUGGAAUGAUGUCUAGCGGAACCAACAUGAAGAAGACCAACAACGUGUCCUGCUAUAACUGCGGCAAGAGCGGACAUUACGCUCAAGACUGCAAGCAACCGUCCAUCGACGCCGGGCUGACAGGUGGUUUCCGGCUGAAGUACGUUGCCCCAAACUCUUCAGAAGCACUAGAUAAAACCGAUUGACCGCAAACAGGGGACCAAAGCCCGGGCAGCCAGUGAUUCCAGAGACCCUUGAGAUAGAGUUCUGUUCUGUUGUUUGUGAGAGCAUCCUUAUCCAGAGAGCAAAAAAAAAGAGCCAAUGCAAAUGACACUGACUGCAAGAUGAGUUGCUUAAAAUGGGUUCUCUUAGGAAUCAAAUUACCUUAAUGUUCUAGUUUAAAUAGGAUGGAUUGCAAGAUGAUUUUUGUUUUAGGUUCAGAAUAGUUUAUUAUUGUCAGAAGGAUUUUAUAUGAGCUGAGGUUCUCAUUCGCAGCGUCUGGCGAAGUUAAUGAGAAAAUUAAACUUGAGUCCUUUAGUGCAGUAUUUGUUUUCUGACACGGGUGAAUCUUUAUAGGCUUUUAUACAUGCUACAGGAGAAAAUUACAAGAAAAGUACUUUAAAAAAUGGAAUACUUUGGAAAUUUUUGUUAUUAAAGAUAUGUUUGUUCUCUUGCUGAUUGCGGUUUAUAAUGAUGCUCUAGCAGCAUUAUACACCACUGGUUUGGUCUGUUCUCAUUCUGAACGUGAUGCACUACAACUGUUGUUCUCCGAAAAAUGUGAGUCAGGUGUUUAAAAUGCACUGAAAGAGCCAGAUCUGCAGUCCUGCCUCUCAUUUACACGCUCUGACCACUAGAGAGCAAAAACAAAGCGUGUUCAUAAAGCAGACUCUGUGCUUUAAGUGUCGAGUCAGACGAAAUCCUUCAGACAUGCUCAUCCUACGCCUAAAGCACUGUUAGAGGAAAUGCAAAAUGUCAUUUUUGACUCCAGAGUUGCGUUAACAUAGGACCACUUUGAGCAGCAUAAUAUCUUA